UUAAAAAAAAAAAAACACAAAGGGGCUCUAAAGAUAUUCCAGUGCGUCCACGGCUUCCCCCGCACGGCUUCCCCUUGUAGCCAUGUCGGAAUCGGACACCAUGGACUGUGCGUGGAUCGUGGAGUUCCUCCUCCGCCAGUCCGACGCUGACAAGCUCACGACGGAGGCCUUCCGCACACUCCCCCUGCCUUCUCCUCUCUCCUUCCGCCUGCGUCUCGCCGCCCUCCUCCGCCGCCUCACUUCCGACCUCUCCCUCGGCUUCCCCGCCCUCCGUCAGCUUCAGGUCAUCCUUGAAGACACCUCCGCCGCGUCUUCUUCUUUCUACGGAUCCCUCGUCGAAGCAUACCGUGCGGUCGCCUUCGACUGCCUCGCCGAAGCUCUUUCCUCCUCCGAUCGGGCCCUCGCGGCCGUCGUCGUUACUCUGUGUUCCAGGGUGGCCGAGAUCGAACGGGAUGGAUCCGACGUGUUGGCGUCUCUGCCUCUCAGGCAUUUGCUGGAGGAUGUAAAGGCGGCGGCGUCCGGUAGCGGCUCUCUUCUGCUUGAGAGGAACGCAAAAAAUGGAGCAUCGGAUGCCAUUAGGGCUUGUCUGACCGCUGUGUUGAAUGACUCUGGGCCUUCCUUCCUUGAGAAAGAGGCUCUUGAUAAGAAUGCUACUACAUCAGGAGAACUCUGUGUCGAGGACGAGGGUGAUCAGCCAGAUGUUAAGAUGAUUGACGUUAACACGGGUAGCAGAGAACUAGAAUCUGCAUCGAUGUACAAAGAUGUGCAAAGCAAUGUAGUCCAAAUUGACAAAAAUUUUCAAGUGACUACUCCAGAAUAUGGAAAAACGGUUGAAGCUUUUAAAUCAAGUUGUACAGAUCUUCAGGCUGCAGUGGUUGAUCCUCUUCAGUGUGCAUUAAAGAAAGCAGAGGAGGUAUUGGCUAAUAAAUCAGUUGUGAAGACCUUUGAUGCUGAGUCAAAUGGCAUUCAAUAUCAGCAAGGUGUAAAUAGACCCACCUCUAGUGUUGAAAAGGAAGCUGACAAUGUUGAAACCAAGGGAACUAGUAAUAACCAGGUGGAACAACUAAAUGAUGCCUUCAAAUCAAACAAAGAUCCGUUACCAGAGAAACAACUAAACGGGACUAAAAAGAUGCUGGCAGAUGCAGCAAGUAAUGUUGGGAUCAAAGUAACUAGAAAGCUAAGUCUAAUGGAUAAAAAUCCAACUGCUCAUACUUAUGAGUGGGGAGAUGAUUCAAUUGAGUCUACAUCUGAGACGUCUGAAACUUCAUCAAAGAAAAUAUGCUUACCUAGCCCAAGAUGCACGAAGCCUUCUCCUUUGACUUUGAUGGAAAAAACAAACUGUGGUGAUAGGAAGCGGAAAAAAAAGUGGAGUCAGCUGGAAGAAGAUACAUUGCGAACUGCUGUAGCAAGGUUUGGAAAAGGUAACUGGAAGAUGAUACUGAAGACUUACACCGAUAUACUUGGAGAUAGAACUGGGGUUGAUUUGAAAGACAAGUGGAGAAACAUGACAAGAUUUAUGUUAAAAUUUUCGUUUAUUCAAUUACUGCACUGGUGGAUAUAUUCUCCAAUAGGUGAAACAUUCAGCCGAGAGUCUAUUGGAUCUAUGGUAUGCUUCUCAAGGCAUUUAAGCUCAACUUUAUGAUCUCAAAGCACCCAACGAUGACAAUUUUACUCCGUUGCCGCUCAUCUCGUGCAUUGCAGUCCACUGUAGCGUGAUUUCCUUUGUGCAACCACCCUUUUAUCAUCAUUGCAAUUCAUAGUAGUAUUUGCGUGGCUCUAUGGUCUAUAUUGUCCAAGCGUGCUAUGUGCCUGUAUGAGUGAAAUUAUAAUAGAUGUGACAGCCUGCUAAUCUCUUGAUUUAGAUUGGAUCUAAGUUGAGAAAAUUAAUUAAGUUUGCCAAAGUGUUAGGAGCUUGGUUCAAGUGGGUCCAGGUUAUUGAUGUGCCAGUAGAUCGUUCAAGGUGAAAUGGGCAUGAAAAUUGAUUUGUCUUUUGUGUUGAAAGGGUUAAGGGUGAAAUUUUGUUUAAUAAAAAGGCGUGGAGGAUGACGUGGUACAUACCAUCGCGUUCCUAUAGCCAUAACAUUGUGUUAGUGUAGCUAAUCCCCGACAUUAGAAUGAGUGUUUGUCUGCUAGGGAAAUGUCAAAUUUAGAAGCAGCCUAAGGGAACCCAAGCUCGUCCUUGUGAUAGAUCUCUUUUGUUGACUAAACUAGCAGGACAUGUGUGUCGACCUUUCAUUGGCCGAACUCAUGGUGCUUGUAUUGAUCAUUCACUAUUAAUCAUCAUAAUGAGCACGUACGUUUCAUCUAGUGGUUCUUGAGAUUAGUAGGCAAUUUGAUCCAUGUUAGAUACUCCCCUGAUAUAACACUAGCUAUAGAAACACCAUAUGAGAUGAUCUCCUGACACACCUCAGGUCCACAUCCCCAAAUUCCAAGGCCUAAUAUCCUCAAGUCGACUCUUGGGGUUGAGCUCCCUUCUCAAUAAGCUAUGGAUGCUAAGUUCCUAAUGCCCCUAAUGAUGAGAACCAAUUUCUAUUGAGACUAAUGAACUUGAAAAGAUCAACACCUUCCAAAGGCUGCUAGAAAUAAAAUUACCUCUACAUCUCUCAACGUUGCCAAACUUAUCCAAAAUUUGGGGACAACACUUGAUGCUCAAGCCUUUGAGGAUUUAGGUGAUAGAUCCUCUCGUGCUAUGUCCAAUUGCCCCUGCCUGCCUAGUACUGAUUUAUGCUAGGUCAUCCACAACACCAUAGUGGAUGGAAAAUCUCCCAGAUUGCUAAGGAGCUUGAAGGGUCCUUGUAAUUUGAUAUUGUUGGCAAACCAAAGAUGCCAACGAGCUUCAUACAUGCUCAAAGCUAUCUUCACGGUGUGAUGUUGCCCUUAUACGUCAAACUCUAAAGCAUGGGCACCUCAAGUCUAAUCUCUUGUUCCUCGAAGGACACCGUCUUCUUCCUUUAUGAGUGCACCUCUCUACAAAAUAAUGCAAGGGACAUUGAGUGAAUGUCUGAAGGUUGCUUGAGAGGGUUGACACAACUAAGCAGAAAUGAACCUCGACUUAAGAAGCAAUUUGACUCAGCCAAGGUAAAUAAACUCAAUGGCUCAAACGAAAUCCAUCUCCGACCUUGACAUUUCCUUUUGUGUCAGCACUUUGGCACAGAGUGAGGUUCUUGAGGAACUAAUGGAGGCUCAUUGUUACAAUUGACCAACUUAGCAUCAAACACUUAUAAGAGCUCAAUGAAGAAGCUGAGGCAUGCAAGAGUUGUGAACUUUUUUCUGUGGAUUUCUCAAGUUUGUCAGAAGCUCGAAUCAGGUUGUUCACUCUAGAUGGUCUAUUGCUCUUUUCUAAUUGAAGAACUUAUCAUGAAUAGGAAUGUAACUUACAUCGUCAGUUAUCUUUUUAUUGUUCAAACAAUUUCAAAAUAGAUGGU